AUGGCCAGCCGCACGGAGCACUUCCUGGCCGCCUACUUUCGGCUGCUGGCGCUGACGUGCAGCUCACAGAAGCGGGCGGUCCAGCGGCUGCUGAGCGGCUACCUGGCGCUGAACCUGGGCGAUAUGGUGAUACAGUUUUGGCAUUACUUCGGCAACGGCUGGCAGAUGAACAACUUCCAGCAGCCGCGGCGGCAGCAGUUCAAUGCCUAUGCAAAGAUCAUCGAUGCCAUGAGCGUGGCCUAUCUGCUGGCCCAUAUGCUGAUGGUGCUGCAGGCGCUUCUGCUGCGGAAUCGGGAGCGCAGGCUGCUGGCCCAGCUGCCGACAGUGGUACCGCCGUCCACACUGAUCAAUGUGCGCCUCCAUGCGACGCUGGAGUGCGUCCUAAUCGGCUGUGCCCUGACAAUGGGCACCUAUCAGUCGCUGCAAAGCCGUCAGCUGCUGCCCAACUUGCGCUACUUCUACACCACGCAGGCGGUUCGGGCACGUUAUCUGCAGAUGGCACUGCUCGUUGUCCGGCUGGAUGGGCAGCUGCUGGCACUGGAGCAGCAGCUGGUGAGGGGACGAGGCUCCAGUGUGGAGCUGCGUGCCAGAUAUGCGCAUAUUGUGCGCCUGGCGCACCAGCUCUCCCGCCUCUAUGGGCUCUCCGUGCUGAUGAUGAACGUGCUCUGCAUUGGCGACUUUAUUGUGGUGUGCUAUGCCUAUAUUAUACUCUGGCAGCUGACCAACAUGAAUCUCAGCUGGCUGCUGCUCUGGCAGACCAUAUAUGUGGUGCUGCCCACGCUGAUCAAGAUCUGUACCCUGUGCGCCGUCUGCGAUAAGUGUGCCAAGCGCUCGCAGCAGCUUUUGGUCGUGAUCAGCGGCGCUUGGCGCCAGGAGACGGCAACGAGACCCGGACUCACACGCACCCAAACCGAUGAAUUCUCUCUGCAGAUUAUGCAGAAUUCCGUGCAGUUCGAUGUCUGCGGCAUGUACCAUCUGAGUCUGAAGACCAUGGCUGGGAUGUUUCUAUUCAUACUCAACACGCUGGUCACCUUCCUCCAGUUCGUGCAGCUCACCAAGCAGCAGAGCAGCUAA